AUGGCGAGCACAUCCCUCUCACAUCCUUCAUCAGAUUCAGGAAUCGAGAUGUCAAGCGACACAUCGAAAUCGGUCGCGUCUCCGAGAAGCGACACAGACAAAGAAGCACGAUACCCACCACCAUCCACCGAGAAAGAAUUGCCACACCCGCCAGCAUCUGGCGAUAAAGAAGUAUUCUCCCCCGCCUCAUGUCCCGGCAAGGAAAUCACCGUAGGGCCCCGGCACCAACAAGCAGUCGGUUCCGACACACACAAAGUCUUCGUGCCGAACCUGCCGCCCCACAGCAGCCAAAAGGAAGUCGCGAUUCCGAAUCGAGACACAGACAAGCAGCUUCUCCUCUCGCACAGCAACAGCACCUGGUCCACAUCGUCGGCCAUUUCCCCCACAGGCGCGAGCACGCGAAGCAGCGCAUUCCGAAUCGAGAAGAGCAAUGCGAUGGGCUUGAUCCUACCCGUAGACCAAAAGCUCCUGGUCAGAAUGAUAGACCCGGACACGAAGCUAGACGGCGGGGCGGCGAUGGUGACGAACGAGAUGAACUGGACGGACGUGUGGGCGGCAAACCCACCGCCCUUCGAACUAUACACCGCACAUGACUUCAACAACUCUGCGCUCGUCGCCCGCUUUACCCCGCGCGGCUGGCAGGGCUUCACAGGGAUGUGGUGUGAAUUCGAGGUCUCUUGCCAAGGGAACCGGCAGAGAUGGGAGGUCGUGCGGAAAGGCCUGAACCGCACGUACCAGCUCAACGGCAUGUUGAGCAUGUACGGUCGGCGCUUUAUCUGGAAGGGGAGCACCAAGACUAUCCGGACCAUCAUUGGUGAUGAUCAGAAGAACAGGGGUAAUUUGAAGCUGACGACCGCCGAUGGAAAAGAGAUUCUGGCUGUCUGGCAGCAGUGGAGGGAUAGCCAUGUCCUCGGUGAUCUGAUUAUCUUCGAGACUGCUAGGGAUAAGCUUGCGGUCGAGACAAUCUUGACCAGCUGUAUUGGCGUAGUUUCUGCCGAGCGUGCCAAUGGUCUGAAUUGGUUCGGUGGCUUGGGGAAGAAAUGA